AUCGUGGGCUUUACGUAUAUGGGUGAGUUCCUCUUAGAAAAAUAGUUUUAAGUUCUCAAAUAGUGUUUAGGGUGUUUGAGAACUAGUGUUUAAUUGUCAACAAGGUGCAAUAGAAAUUUAAAGGCAUUGAAAAAGUUUUGGUUCUAAGGUAAUUCAUCAUGCCUCAAAAUGAAUAUAUGGAACGCCACCUUAAACUUUAUGGUAGGCGAUUAGAUUAUGAGGAACGUAAGAGAAAAAAAGAAGCUCGACUCCCUAAGGAAAGGGCACGAAAAGCACAGAAGUUGCGUGGUAUUAAAGCCAAACUCUUCAAUAAAGAACGUAGAAAUGAAAAAAUACAGAUAUCAAAGAAAAUUAAAGCACAUCAAGAAAAGAAAUGCAAAAAAGAGGAUGAAAAAAUUGAAGAGGGUGCUCUCCCCCAUUAUCUGUUGGACAGAGGCCAACAAGCUAAUGCCAAAAUUCUUUCUAAUAUGAUCAAGCAGAAAAGAAAGGAAAAAGCCGGCAAAUGGGACGUACCUCUUCCAAAAGUUCGGGCCCAAUCUGAUGCGGAAGUAUUUAAAGAGUUGAAAACUGGCAAAACAAAACGAAAAUCUUGGAAACGUAUGGUAACAAAAGUAACAUUCGUUGGGGAAAAUUUCACCAGAAAACCUACUAAAUUUGAGAGAUUUAUACGUCCGAUGGGAUUAAGAAUGAAUAAAGCUCAUGUAACACACCCAGAACUUAAGACGACAUUUUAUCUUCCUAUCAUUGGAGUUAAGAAGAAUCCCAGCUCUCCUAUGUUAACAUCAUUAGGAGUUAUUACAAAAGGAACAGUCAUCGAAGUGAAUAUUUCAGAUUUGGGACUUGUUACGCAAACUGGAAAAGUUGUUUGGGGAAAAUAUGCACAAGUAACAAACAAUCCAGAAAAUGAUGGUGUUAUCAAUGCCGUAUUACUCGUAUAAAUUAGAAUUUCGUUUCUUACCUAAAGUACCAUUAUUGUGUCAAUUUAAUAAACAAGAGGAUAAAAUUAUUUCUUUAAAA